GCUGCUGAUACACUUGCUGUGAGGCAGAAGAGAAGGAUCUAUGAUAUCACCAAUGUUCUGGAAGGGAUUGAUCUCAUUGAGAAGAAGUCAAAAAACAGCAUUCAGUGGAAAGGAGUAGGUGCUGGCUGCAACACAAAAGAAGUCAUAGACAGGCUGAGGUAUCUGGAAGCUGAAAUUGAAGAUCUAGAGCUCAAAGAAAAAGAAUUGGAUCAGCAAAAACUGUGGCUUCAGCAAAGUAUCAAGAACGUCAUGGAUGAUUCUACAAACCACCAGUUUUCAUAUGUCACCCAUGAAGAUAUCUGCAACUGCUUCAAUGGAGAUACACUUCUAGCAAUUCAAGCACCUUGUGGUACACAGUUACAAGUACCUAAACCUGAAAUGGGACAGAAUGGACAGAAGAAAUACCAGAUCAAUCUUAAAAGUAGUUCAGGACCUAUCCAUGUGCUGCUUAUAAAUAAAGAAUCAAGCUCCUCCAAGCCCAUGGUGUUUCCGGUUCCUCCGCCUGAUGAAAUUGCACAGCCCCCAUCUCAACCUGCAGCUCCAGAGGCUCCACUUAAACCUGCUACAGCUCCUCAAAAUCCACCAGAACAUCAUGAUCUGAACCAAGGACUGGAGUUACUGCAAACAUCAGUUGUGGACACACCAUCAGAUGACAGUGUGCAGCAGGACAGCACAGCCCCCACAGCCCCCUCUUAUUCCAGCCUUCCAGGCCCGGUGCUGUACCCCAGCCUUUCAGGAGAUGGUGCCCAAGCCUCAGCCAGCUCCAGUGACUACCAGGGCUUGCUGCCUCUGGAUGUCAACUGUAUUCUCAAGCCAAAUUCAUUCGACAUUGCAAAGAUGGAGGAGCCUACAGGAAAUAUCAGUGGGGAUAUUAUUGAUGAACUCAUGUCUUCUGAUGUUUUUCCUCUCUUACGACUCUCUCCUACUCCCGGAGAUGACUACAACUUUAACCUGGAUGAUAAUGAAGGAGUCUGUGAUCUCUUUGAUGUGCAGAUACUAAAUUAUUAGAUACUGUGUCAACCAGACUACUUAUCUACCUCUAACUGUAACAUUCUAGGCUUCUUCAUAACCUAAGUAUUUGAAUAAUGAAUGUAUAACUUCUUAGUUCACUGACUCUGGGAGUGUAUUUCCUUUUGCUUCCUUUAACUACUUCACAAAUUCAAGAACAAGAAAAAAGGGCUCUUACAAAAAAUUCUGGCACUUUUUCACUUGAGUGUUCCCUAUGUAAUCCAGUUAUUUGGAACUUUCUUUAGUAAGAAAAAUGAAAAUACUUUAUAGCCUUGUGAUAAUUUUUAAAAAAAGAUUAGGUUUCUUGCUCACAGUUAACAGCAUUUUCUUUGAAGCUUUACUACCACGAAGCUUUUUUUAACCUUUCAAACAGUUUUGAAGCUUUCACUGCCAAGUUGAAAAGUGAAGGAUGUCAACUUGAGUUAUGCUAAAUUGUUUCAGUGAACCAAUUUUGUGAAGUGCCUUCUGUUUUAGCACUUUAAGUUUCUCACACUGACUUCUGACAUUCCACUUUCCUAGAUGAUAGGAAAGGUCUGUUUGUAGUUUGUAUUAAAGUGUGCCAAUACUUGUAUAUUAACAAGAUUUUUUUAAUAAAAUUGUGCAAACAAA